UGAAGAUAAUUUGUGAUCCCCAUCUCCUAGUGGCAAACCUCAUCAGAAUCAGGAAAUGAGUCCAGAGUGGCAGGCAAAGCAGAAAGAAUGCUUGUUUUCUGGUUAGUUGUUGGCCACAAGACUAAUGCUGUCCUCAUUUUCACAUUCCAAGGAAUAGUUUUCCCUGACUGCUGCCCACUCGCUGCUUUCACUACCGAUGCUUGAAUGGAAAUAGCUACCUGAACUGGUUGUUCUACCUUCCUGCAGGCAGUAUUGAUUUCCCUGCUGCUAGUGUUUAUUUGAUUGAGACCCAGCUAUGUGAGAGUUGGGCAAAAGAGCGAUUAAAUGUGUGAGAGUACAGUGCUCUGUGAACUAAGGGAGGCUGCAGUCACCCGUUGAGGUGUGGAGGGAAGCAGACAGUUCUCCAGUUUCAGGCCAGCUGCCUCAUUGCUGCCACACUACAAACCUGACCCACCUGGCUAGCACCCAGAACAAUGAACCAGUCUGAAAUGACAGCAGGCCCAGUGCUCUCUGCCAACAGCAGCGAUGGACACAUGUUCAUUGGCAGAUCCUCCAACCACUCCUGUCCUCUUGGCUGGGGACUAAAUGAAGGUCUAGAGGCCUGCAUCCUGGAGACUGCUGUCAUUGUGCUUUUGACAGUGCUCAUUAUUGCAGGGAAUCUGACAGUGAUAUUUGUGUUCCACUGUGCCCCUCUAUUACACCACUACACCACCAGCUACUUCAUCCAGACCAUGGCCUAUGCUGAUCUCUUGGUUGGUCUAAGCUGCCUAGUACCCACUCUGUCUCUGCUCCACUACCCAGCAGGUGUCCAGGAGCCCUUCACCUGCCAGAUCUUCAGCUAUGUCAUCUCUGUUCUUAAGAGCGUUUCAAUGGCCUGCUUGGCCUGUAUCAGUGUGGACCGCUACCUGGCCAUAACCAAACCACUAUCCUACAACCAACUGGUUACGCCAUGUCGCCUACGAGGUUGUAUCUCUCUCAUCUGGGUGUACUCUAGCCUGGUCUUCUUGCCCUCUUUUUUUGGGUGGGGCAAGCCAGGCUAUCAUGGGGAUAUCUUUGAAUGGUGUGCACACUCCUGGCCUACCUCUGCCCUCUUUACAGGGUUUGUGGUCUGUCUGCUCUAUGCACCUGCUGCCCUUGUGGUCUGUUUUACUUAUUAUCAUAUAUUUCGCAUUUGCCAGCAGCACAACAGGGAGAUCAGUGAGCGGCGUGCACGUUUUCCUAGCCAAGAAAUGGAAGCUGGUGAGGCAGGUGGUGGGCAUAACAGCGGGCGGGAUGGACCAGAUCGGCGCUAUGCUAUGGUACUGUUCCGCAUCACAAGUGUUUUCUAUGUGCUGUGGCUACCAUAUAUCAUCUACUUCCUGCUGGAGAGCUCUCAUGUACUCGAUAGCCCUGCCCUUUCCUUCAUCACCACCUGGCUGGCCAUUAGCAACAGCUUUUGUAACUGUGUAAUCUACAGUCUGUCAAAUAGUGUGUUCCGCCUAGGCAUGCGUAGGCUCUCACAGACAAUUUGCUCUUUCAGUCACUGUGCAGCUGAUGACAGAGACUUUGGGGAGCCUAAGCCAAGGAAGAGAGCCAACUCGUGCUCUAUCUGAAUUGAUGGCUUCCGUAGAAUGAGGAAGGUCCUAUACAGCAUCUCAGCAAGGGUUCCAUCUGUUUAACUUCAAAUGAAAUUGGCAGCACAACAAACCGGAAACAAAGACUGUUGUAAGAGUCUGUCCUCUGACACCAGUGCUAUUUCUUUGGCCAUGAAAAACCAUGGUUUAUUCCAUUUUUCGUAGUUUGAAGGAAGUACAGUAUCACAAAUAUUUAAUGAGGGAUGAGCACUGUUUGGUGGCUUCUACUCUUAUACUGUAUGUCGUUAUCAAAUUAGCUCUAGGGGGGAGACAAAGUAUUAAUUCCAAAAGAGUCAUGAAUAUUUCCUGUAUAUUGCUGCAUUAUUAAAUAGCUAUUAAAUUGAGUUAAUUCUUGUGAAUUAGUGCAACCUCUCACUGGAUAUUGGCAAACCUUCAAACGUUGCUACAUAAAAUCGGCACUCAUUUCAGCUCACUAACCCAUUAAAGCUUAUAAAGCAAAAAUGGACAUUUUAUCUAUAAGCACAUGGUGACAUUGAUCAGAGCCAUUAUAAUGCUCUUAAAGAGCAUGCCAUCAAUGGCCUCGACUGUUUUUUUGAAAGAAAAAGAAAGAAAGUAGUCAUUUUUUACUGAAAAAAUGUUUUGGGACUCAUUAUGUGGGAAUGUUGAGAGGACUGUAUGGGCAAAGUAUUGUGAUAGGGUCACUGGGCAAUCAGUGAUCUGUUCAUAUGUCAAAAUUUGGGUAAAGCAGCUCUGUAAAAGAAAAAAAAAACAGAUAAUGCAAUAAUUCACAGAAAUGCUUGACAGCAGAGAAUGAUGUUACUGUGCAGAUAUAUAGUUGAGGUAAAGUUUAGGUAAACAUCCUUCAACAACACAUUAAGCCAAGGAUGACACAACAGUCAUAAUUCACGAGAGAAGCAUAAAACCUUAAGUAGUGCUGAAUAAGAAAAUUUUUGACAGGAAUAAAGUUUUCACAUAUUAUGUUUUCAGUUGUUGAUGGCAUAUGUUAUUCUGGCUCAAAUAAUGUUUACCAAUCACCAAAAAAUAUGUCGCGAUUGUAACUGGACCAAA